CGAUCAUUAUCCAUUUGACUACUUGAGAUAAUGGUCGAGACGCGCCGAAAGUGCUUAUGACGGUAUAAAAGACGACAGAAUUGCGUGUUAGGCUACCUUUGGUAUCCGAUCGACGAAAUGACGGGAUUUCUACUGUUACUGCUCUCAACCAGUGUUUUUGGUGCCACCAUAAACAAUGACUGGCGCGUUGUUGGCGGCCAAAACGCACCUGACGGUGCUUUUCCUUACCAAGUCUCUAUACGUGUCGCUGGAGAACAUAACUGCGGAGGAUCCAUAAUUGAUGCCACCACCAUUCUCACUGCUGCUCACUGUUUGUCUGGGUUUGAAGAUAUGCGUAUGGAUAUCACCGUUGGUUCCAAUACGCUUAAUCCAAGUGGCGAUUGGUAUGAAAUCGCUGAACGCCGAAUUCAUGAAUUGUAUAACCCAAUGGAGUCCGUUAAGUGCGAUAUAGGACUAUUAAAGUUAAAGACUCCACUAGUUUUCAGUGAUAAGGUUAAACCUAUAAAACAUCUAGCAGUUGACUAUGUUGAUAGCGGUGCCGACUGUGUCCUGUCCGGGUUUGGAAUGAUGAAAUUUCCCGGACCGGCAGCCAACGAGUUACAAUAUCUGGAUGUGGUCACCGUUUCUGUUGCCAAGUGUAGGGGUAUGUGGGAUGCUGCUGGUUGGGAAUACCUCGCAAUUGACGAUACGCAAGUUUGCACUUUGACAAGGUCUGGUCAAGGAGCGUGCAAAGGCGAUUCCGGUGGACCAUUAGUCACUAGGUCUGGAGUCCAGAUUGGUAUUGCGUCAAUGGCAAACCCAUGCGCAUUAGGGACACCCGACGUCUUUACCAGAGUCUCUGCCUACGCUGACUGGAUUGAAAAGAACAGGAACUAAGUUCUUCUCCUGUCAAUUAGUUGUCAUGUUACAACGUAAUAAAGAGAUACUAACUCGUAA